AUGGCAACCUCCCAAGAACAAACCAAGUACUCCCGAGAAAUGUGGCUCACAUGCCUAACCUCGACCUUCCGAACCGCUCUAGCUUGUAUCAUAGUAGCCAUCACCACCCUCUACGGCCCUCUCUCUCUACGACACCAAGUGCCCUUCCCUGCAUUCUCCUACUUCACUGUUAUCCUCAUUGCCCCUGAUGCAACUCUAGGUGCCACAUUCCAUGGAUUUUGGCUCGCCCUAUAUGCCACUAUCCAGAGCGUCGGGCUGGCUAUCUUGAGCCUGUCGCUCAUUAAACCAGCUCACCUUUCGAGCAGCACGACGGCUCUGGCCGUUGGUGUGGCGGCAUUUGUGGUGGUUCUGCCUGGAGAGGCUACUCAUUUGGUGUCCAAGCGCAUAGCCUUGGGACAGAUUGUGAUUAUGUACGUAUUUGCUUUCAAAGAGGGUGGGAGUACGAAGACCAUCAUGCACCCUGUGCACGUGGCAGCGAGUACGGCAGUUGGGGUCUUGGCUUGUGUUCUGGCUUUGUUGGUUCCAUUCCCACGCUUGGCUUGUGGAGAGGUUAAAAAGAGCUCAAAAUUGCUUGUGGAGAAUGCUUCAGAGAGGCUCAAGCUCUUUGUGAAGGCUUUUUGUGCACAAGAUGACGCAUCUGCGCUUGCUUCAAUUUCUCCAACAAAGUCCUUGGCUUCCACGGCGACCAAACUUUUCCAAACCAUCAAACACCACCAAGAAAGUAUGAAAUGGGAGAGACUUCAACUAAAGUUUUUGAGACGCAGCAAUGUCAAUCCGAGAGACAGAUUGCAAGGUUUGGAGAUACCCUUAAAAGGAAUGGAGAGGGCAUUGAGUAGCAUUUCUUCGUUCCCAGUUGGGGUAGUGGAUGGAGAGCUCAAAUGUGGUCUACUUAAACUAGUUGAGGAGCAAAUAAGCUUACAUAGAAGCAUUCCUUGUCAAGAUGCAAUGACUUUUCCCGAAUCAAAACCAGAAAAUGAUAUUAGGUGCCUCCAAACACUUCAAACCAUCCCACAAACACACCAGGAUUUACCCCCAUUUUUCUUUUUGUUUUGUAUACGCCUCCUUUAUGGAAAUAUAUUACAAACAAGUUCCGGUACUACUCCACAGGACAAACUAGGGAUUCCACAAAAACAAGAAUCAAUUACUGCAAGUAAACAAAGUGUAAUGUGGAGUAACUUCUCCAUCAAGGUAAGUAGCAAAAGGGUUAUGGCAGCUUUCAAGUGCUCACUUUCAUUGGGGCUAGCUGUGUUCUUUGGCUUAAAAUUCAACAAAGAAGAGGCACAUUGGUCAGGGCUUUCAGUCGCUAUCAGUUUAGCUGCAGCUAGAGAGGCAACAUUCAAAGUUGCAAAUGUUAAAGCACAAGGGACUGUCUUGGGCAGUGUAUAUGGAGUUUUUGUUAGUUUCCUGUUCAAAAGGGUCUUACCGAUUAGACUCUUAUCUCUAAUUCCUUGGUUCAUUUUCACCAGUUUUCUUCGAAGAAGUGAAAUGUAUGGCCAAGCUGGUGGUAUUUCUGCAGUAAUUGGGGCAAUACUAAUUUUGGGCAGAACACAUUUUGGGGCUCCAAGUGAAUUUGCCAUCGCAAGAAUCACCGAAACCUUCAUUGGGUUAUCGUCAUCGAUUAUUGUCGAGCUACUGUUGCAACCCACUAGAGCUUCCACUCUUGCAAAAGUUCAACUAUCUAGAACUUUCGGGGCAUUGCAUGAGUGUAUUGACUCAGUGAGUCUUCAGUCUGGAAGAGCAAAAUUGCGAGAGAACCAAAAGUGUCUGAAAGUUCACGUUGAGGAACUGGGGAAGCUCAUUGCAGAAGCUGAUGUGGAGCCUAAUUUCUGGUUCUUGCCUUUUCACAGUGCUUGUUAUGGAAAGCUCAUGGGUUCUAUCUCCAAAAUGAUGGAUCUCCUAGUUCUUAGUGAUCAUGCAAUCGGAGUUCUUGAACAAAAUUCACUCGAGGGUUCUUGGAAGGGCAUUGUCCAUAUAUUGGAAUGUGAUCUUGAACUUUUCAAGAAGAUCGUUGGCUCUUUGAUAAGUUGCUUUAAGGGUAUCACCCUGAUCAAAUCUGUAACAGUUCUUGAGAAAGGGCUUGAUGAUGAGGAAAGUGCCAGAUCUAGUGAUCUCGAGUUGGGAAAACCGCAUACCUUAAAAACAUUUAGGGUUUGUGGUUUAGAGGAUGCAGACAUGGAUGAGAUAGUAAGUUCUUAUCUCCAACACUCAAAGGAAGUUGUUGAUAAAUUUCAUUGUCCAGAAAAUGAUGAAGAGCUCAAGGGCCAAAUCGUUUUAUGUUUGAAUUCUUUAGGUUUCUGCGUAAGUGGUUUGAUAAGAGCAACAAGAGAGAUCGAAGAGGAAAUCAAAGAACUUGUUCAAUGGGAGAAUCCUUCAAGCCACGUUAAUUUGUAUGAAAUCUCUUGUAAGAUACAUGCUUUACAAAAAUGA